CGCUUCUCGGCGGAGCGGAAUGUGGCCGGACGGCUGGUCACCAUCGGCACCUUCGAUUCGGCGGUGGAGGCAGCGGUGGAGUACGCGCGGGCGGUUGGGCCGGGGCCCACCGCGGCUGAGUAUGAGCAGGCGGAAAGGCGACGGGAGAGGCACCGUCGCCAGGAGGCCCCGCGCUGGCGUGUCAAGAUAACGAACCACCCGAUCUACGGCAGGGUCCGCAAGGGUGGGUUUAAAACGAAAGUCUUCCGCGACUCCUACAUCACUUACAUGCGCAGCUGCGCCGCCGACCCCGCCGCCGCGAGCAAGGCCGCCUCCGCUGAUGCCAUCGCGUAUUCGGGGCAGAUGUGCCGCGCCGGCAAUGCCCUCUUCAGGCGCGAGGCGGCCACCGUCUUCGGGCAGGAGGAGGAGCUGGCGGCGCUGGCGGCAAUGCCUGAGGCGCACAAUCGGCAGGCGGGCGAGCUCGAGGCGGCGCUGCGCUCAGCGCUGCGGGGCGCCGCAGAGGGCGCGGCAGAGGCGGACGGUGCGGCGGAGGGCCUGGCGGAGGCCGCGGUGGAGGCGGAGGGCGCUGCAGAUGCUUUCGGCCGGUGGAGCCGGGCUGUGGCGCAGCCGACCCUCGAGAUGGUGGCGACCCUCCGCCCGUAUGUGCUCGCGUGCGCGUGGCACUACGCCAUCAAGCCGGACGAGGCCGAGUGCGACUGGUGGGCGUUCGCUUGCAAGGCUGGGAUGAACGCGCCGUCAGCCGAGGCGGCGGCGGCGGCGGCGGUCGCCGCAGCGGGCGACGUCACGGGCAGGCAGUCGGCUGCACGCACAAAGCUCAGGGCCGCCAACGAGCACGCAAAGGCCGCCGAGGCGGCGCUCGGCAAGGAGGCCGAGGAGGCUGCCGCCGCCGCCGAGGUGGCAGAGGCCGCCGUGAAGGAGGACGACCCGACGUCCAGGAAGUCGGCGGCUGCGGCGAGGGAGCUGGCGGACGCGGCGGCGGCGAAGAAGGAGGCGGCGUCGGCAUCCGUCUGGCGCAUGGCGGAUGCCAAGGCCAAGUUCUUUGCCUCUCCGGCGUGGACCGAUGAGAUGGUCGUCGACGCCGCCACCAUCGUGCUCGAGGCGAUGCGCGCGCGGCUGCCGUUCACCGCGUCGACCAGCGGCAGCGACUCGUGCAUGAAGCUCCAAUGGAUCCGCAAGCUGCUGCUCGCGUGGGUGCGCACGAUGGACCGCUUCGACGAGUCGCUUCUCGACGACCGGACGUUUCUGCGCCUCGUUCGCACGACCGCGUACGCGUGCCUCGCGUUUCGCGAGGCCGCGGCGCUGAUCUGCACCGGCCGGCUGACGCUCUGGAUCCGCGCUCGGCAGCAGGUCUUCCCCGGCGACAACCGAGAGGGGGUCGCGGUGCACGCCGUGCUCGGCGCGAAGACGGCGUCGCUGUGGGAAGUGCUCAAGUUCUCCGGGCUAUGCAGCUCGCAGUGCUUUGGGACUGUGCUCGAGGUCGCCUCGGCGCUCGAGCGGGCGGCGGGCGAGUACGGCCCAGCGAUGGCGUCCAAGCUGCUGCUCGCCGCGUCCGAGUCGCCGCACAUCUGCACCGGGUACGAGAUGUACUUUGACCAUUAGUGCAACCCCAAAACCCCAUUAGUGGCCCGCGGCGCAGGUUUUUCGGCGUUCAGUUUUUCGGCGUUCAGUAGAUAGGCUCAGGCGCAUAUGUCAGUACGUGCGGGUACACCGUGCGUGUAUGUGUGUGUCUGUCUUUAUCUAGAUACGCAUUGUUUCGUGUUGUUUGAU